AUGCCGCAGAAGCGGGACUGCCGCAACCUGAAAGCUGUUUACGACCAGCUCGUGGUGUCUGGCACAAUCCUCGUCAAUGGCGCCCUCCGCGCCCUCACCCUGACCAACCCUUCCCUAGCUUUCGACGAGCCCAACAAGAUCAUCUACCGCCGGCCUGAUUCCUUCAGCUCUGGCGGUGCCAAAGUCUCCAUUAUCUCGGGCGGCGGCUCUGGCCAUGAACCUGGCUUCGCUGGUUUCGUGGGCAAGGGUCUGCUCACGGCCGGUGUCGCCGGAACCAUCUUCGCGUCGCCGUCCGCGGAGCAGGUGCGCCGUGCCGUACUGGGUCGCGUACCCACCGAGAAGGGUGUCAUGGUCAUCACCAUGAACUAUACCGGUGACGUGCUGAACUUUGGCAUGGCAGCGGAAAAGGCGAAAGCCGGAGGCGUUGCUACCGAGUUCUACGCGAUUGGAGAUGAUGUUGGCGUGGGAAGAGAGAAGGGUGGUAAGGUCGGACGCAGAGGCAUCGGCGGCGGAAUCAUGGUGUUGAAGAUCAUUGGAGCUUUGGCGGAGCUGGGAGGCAGCUUGGACCAAGUGUACAAGCUGGCGCAGCAAGUGUGCGCCAACUUGGUGAGUGUUGGCAGCAGUAUGGAGCACGUACACGUUCCUGGAAGAGGGCCCAUGGAGAGUUUGAUGCCCGUGGGUGAUAUUGAGGUGGGCAUGGGAAUCCACAACGAGCCUGGCUCGCAGACCAUACAGGCGGAUCUGCCGGAGCUGAUCAAGAUCAUGCUGGGCCAGCUGCUGGAUCCAAAUGACAACGACAGGCACUACGUGGACUUCAAGAAGGGCGAUCAAGUCGUGCUGUUCGUCAACAAUCUCGGUGGUGUCAGCAUGUUGGAGAUCGGCGGCAUCGUGGCCGAGCUGGUGAAGCAGCUAAAGGCUGACUGGGACAUCGUGCCGAUCCGCGUGCUGGCCGGCACCUAUCUCACCUCUCUCAACGGUCUCGGCUUCAGCGCGUCUCUCCUCCGCCUGCAGGACACGGGUCUCGGCGCCGGUAAGUCGAUGCUCGAGCUCCUCGACCUGCCAGCCGAGGCAUACGGCUGGGCGGCACCUAUUCCCAAGGAGACUUGGGAAGCCAGCAACGAGGGCACAUUCGACAACAACGCGGCGUCCGCGCAGCAGGCCGCCUCCAAGUCAAACCUGACGCUGAAUCCCGACAAGGCGCACGAGGCGCUCAAGGCCGGUCUGCAAAAGGUCAUCGCCGCAGAGGCAGAAGUCACAAGGUUCGACACCAUCGUGGGCGACGGCGACUGCGGCAUCGGCCUCAAGCGCGGCGCGGAAGCCGUGCUCAAGGAACUCUCCUCCGGCAACAACCCCAGCGACGCGGUCGCAUUCCUCAACAAGAUCGUGCCCGUGGUCGAAGAAAACAUGGACGGCACCAGCGGCGCCAUCUACGCCAUCUUCCUGAACGCCCUCGCCGCGGGCGUCCGCGCGCAAGACUCCGGCUCCGCGCAGGAGAUGGACGCGAAGCUGUGGGGCCAGGCGCUCACCUCUGCGCUGGAGGAUCUAAAGAAAUACACGCCUGCGGCGCCUGGUGACAGGACGCUUAUGGACGCCCUGUUCCCGUUCGUGGAGACUCUGAAGAGCUCGGGCGACGUCAAGCAGGCGGCGAAGAAGGCGGAGGACGGCGCUGAGAGCACCAAGGCCAUGAAGGCUAGUCUGGGCCGCGCGGUGUAUGUGGGUUCGGAGAGCGAGUGGAUGGGCAAGGUGCCGGAUCCGGGUGCAUGGGGUCUCAAGGAGUUCUUGCUGGGCUUGGCUGAUGCUGUAUGA